AUGGCAAUGUAUUUCAAAGACCUUCCUUCUCUGGCAUUCAGAGAUGCUCAAAGGAACACGAUACGAUAUCGUAAAGUGGAUUCUGGAUGCACUGAUGAGCGCGUAUAUAGUGAUUAUACAUGCAAGGAUUACUGUCCUGAUGUUUUCAGACGAAUACAAGAGCUCAGAAAUAUUCAUCACUCUGACUACAUGAUGUCGAUACGUUCAUAUUGGACCUUAAGGGAGAUAUUGUCAGCAGGAAAGGAUACUCGUUCGAUCCCUGUUGGCACUGAUGACCGCCUUAUGAUAGGAAUCGUGCCAAAAUCUGAAAAGAAGGCAAUGCUGCAUAUGCUUCCAAGCUACUGUUUCCAUCUUGAAACGAACCGUGAUUCACUGCUAAGCAUGUUAUAUGGAAUUCACUAUAUAAAGCCAGUUGGUGGUCCUACGGUUUACUUUGCCGUCCAUUCCAGAGUUAUUCCGUCAGACGCUAACAUACUCGGGGUUUAUGAUCUGAAAGGCUCAUGGAAAGGACGAAAAAUAAACAAAUCAAGAGUCAAAGAUAACAUCAUAUUAAAGGAUAUGGACUUUAGUUUUCGUUUUUAUUUAGAUCCAUUGAUCCAAGAAAAACUCUUAGGGCAAAUCAAGCAUGAUUGUGAGUUUUUGGAAGCUCAGGGUAUAAUGGACUACAGUUUUUUGAUUGGUAUAGCUUUGCCACCUCAAGAUUCAGCUGAUAGCAGAAGUUCCUAUAGCGAAGAGACAUCCUCACGCUGCUCUCCUACGAAUUCGGAUGAUGGCAGAAAUUCCAAUGGCCAGGAUACUGGUUCUGGAGAUUGUUCUUCUGUGAAUUCAGUUGAUAGCAGAAGUUUUGAUAGCGAGAGAAUCUCAAGUUGCUCUUCAGAAGAAGUUGAGGCGACAAAGUCGAUUUAUUCUGACAUUAGCCAAGAGCCUGAUAGUCCUAAAUUUAGAUUAGGUGUGAGAAUGCCAGCACGUACCAUCCGAUCAAAACUGAUUAAAGAAGGACAUGCGUCUUCUACUCGAAGUGCCAGAGGACUGGAGUGCACCGAUGUUGUGUUAUAUUUCUCAAUAGUUGAUAUAUUUCAGAAUUACAAUCUGACUAAGCGCCUUGAACAUGCUUACAAGUCAAUCAAGUACGAUUCCAAGUCAAUCGUUACAGUGAAUCCCAAAGCAUAUUCUUCUCGCUUCCAAGAUUUUAUGAGCCUAAUUUUUCAUGUGAACGACUGA